AUGCUUCAAAGCAUCUUCCGGAGCUCUCGCAGCCCAACGCCAACUCCUGAUUCGGCCGCAUUGCGGAAUGGCGUUGUCAACACCUCCCCAACUUUAAAGCACCGGAUGUGGAAAGACCAGCUCGAGCGUCUGAGGGCCACCCAUGAGUCUCAAGGUCGACAUGUGAAUCCGAUUGUCGAGCACUUCUUCUCCAUAUGCGGGCUGAAUAUCCACCGAAUCUAUGGUCUCGGCCGAACCUACUGGGACUGCAACCACGAGGGACAUGGCAUGAUGGUGCUCUACUUUGCUCAUGAGCCUGGAAACCCCAUUCAGUCGGGUGGUUUCGAACACAAGGAUGCUUCCUGCCGGAACAUGUUCCUAACGAUCCGUUCUGAUAAUAAGCUUCACAUCUCCGUCCAAUAUCCAAGGCGGCAGAUGACCUGGGGCACCUCUACGAUCCAGAACGCUAACGGGAUCCGAAUUGGUGAUUUCCUCGACGCAUUUCGUGAUAUUAAGGAGCUUGGGCAGCGAUUGAAACGGAUUGAGAAGUGUGAGAAUCCAGUAGGAUGCGAGGGCUGGAUCGUUUUGAUUUGGAAGUUUGCUCUCUUUUCGGCUGCAUUAUGGGCGCAAGGCUUCUAUGAGCCAAUCUCCACUGUCACCACAUUCCGGAGUUACUGCCUUCACCUAAAGGGUAUCAUUUCCGAUGUGAGGUUGAGCUACGAGACAGAGUGCCAAGGCGCUCUUUUGAAGUUGUGCUUGAUUCUACUUAUCGUUAUUCCUGGCGUCAAGGGGGUGGAGGGUUGGGCACGUUGGAGGAUAGACAGACUGUCUACGGGUCCUACGAGGAUUGUGGCUACAAACCCAUGA